UGAGUUUGUGUGUGCUGUGUUGUGACAUCGUGUCCUACAUUAUCGUUUCUUUUUCGUUCGCUAAAACAAGUAUGGUAAAUAUGUUAAGGUGACUCAUAGCGCGGUUACUGAGCAGUUUGAGUUUAGUACAGCUACUGACGAGUUCUGAAACUGUGACGCGAUCUUGUGUAUUUCUGGUAGUUUUAUAUUCACAUUUUUAACCAUUACCUUCAGUUAUUUGCUGUGAUAUCAGGACGCAUAACUUGUUUAUUUAACAAAGAAAGGAAAUCAUGUCGUCCCGAAAAACAGCCGGUCGCCGUGGCACCAACAAGAAGAGAGCCCAGCGUGCCACUUCCAAUGUCUUUGCUAUGUUUGACCAAGCUCAAAUUGCUGAGUUCAAAGAGGCAUUUAAUAUGAUUGAUCAGAAUAGAGACGGCUUUGUGGACAAAGAUGACCUUCAUGACAUGCUUGCUUCUCUUGGCAAGAACCCCACAGAGGACUAUUUGGAGGGCAUGAUGAAUGAAGCUCCAGGCCCUAUCAACUUUACCAUGUUCCUCACACUUUUUGGUGAGCGUCUCCAAGGAACUGAUCCUGAGGAUGUCAUCAAAAAUGCAUUUGGGUGUUUUGAUGAAGAGAACAUGGGGGUGAUACCCGAAGAGCGUCUCCGCGAGCUACUGACCACCAUGGGCGACCGCUUCACUGACGACGAUGUUGAUGAGAUGCUGCGCGAAGCGCCCAUACGAGACGGCAUCUUCGACUACGUGGAGUUCACGCGCAUUCUCAAACACGGCGCCAAAGAUAAGGACGAACAAUAAGUUUAUAAACUAUUUAAUGUGGCAGGUUUGAUGUUUAAAUAAAUGAUUUAUAUUGGGGUCUGUAUUGUAGAGUUUAACAAACAACCUUGCUUUGUUCCAUAAUCUAAAUUUAUAAAACUCUAAGGUGAGUGACUGACUGACAAAUCACUGGACGGAUCGGGCUGAAAUUUGGCAUGCAGGUAGAUGUUAUGACGUAGGCAUCCUAUCAACGUAAUUGAUAGAAUCAAGGUAAUAAAAUGUAAGUGAAUUCUUUUACUACUCUUUGUCAAAAAUUUACUACGGCAAGUGACAAUGUCAACCCAGUUCUGUCAAUAAUUUUGAUAGAAAUUGACACAGCAAUGUUUAUGCAAAGUCAGAUUUACAGUCAACAUCUCUUGGGGUUACAGUCAGUGAAACUGUAGUAAAGAUUUUUUUGUCAUAUCUAGGUGAAGUAGUUGCUUGGAGGUUUUGAUUAAAAAAAUGUUUAAAUAAUUAGCAAAAGAAAUUAAUAACUUGCUAUCCAUAUUUAUGUUCCAUAUAAGAGUUUCACUUAAUUUACAAUCUUGUAAAAUUAAAUACAGUAUCUUACCUGCCAUAUUAUUUUAUCAAUUUUAUAAAUGUAAUCUUAUAAUAAAAUAAACCUUAUGUAAAUUACAAUAAGAUCUAUAACGACUAAUCGAUUUUGUAUAAGAAUAUGUUUAAUUAUGUUAUGAUUGUAUGGAAUAUAACAAUCUCGUAAGAGGUGCUAAAAGUAGAUAUUGUUAUAUGGAUUUGUUGCAUUUUUAUGAUUUUUUAUACUAUGCAUUUCUUGAUAUACCUUUAAUUCGUUCAGUUCUAAAUUCCAAUGUAUUCCAUAAGAGGAAAUUAAAGAUGAUCACUUCAUCACCGGCAAGUAAAAGAAAAUUUGUUAGUUUUCAUGAUCCACCUGUCUCAGUAACUAUUUGUGUUAUAAUUCAGCCGCUUAACAAAACACACUAAAAUGUCUUUCAGAUAGCAUGGGUACGGUGACAGUUGCCUUACGACGGCGACGUUUAUAAACAUGUAACAUAUAUAAAUAAUUUGAACAUUUAUAUUGUAUUACUGGAUUUAAAAAUUUGCACGCCUAAUUUGUGGCAAAACAUGUUUGGCCCAUUAAUAAUUGUGAAUUGUAUUCAUUGUAUGUAUAACAUGGGUUAUCAUGUUUUGGCAAAUAAAUUAUUAUUAUUAUUAUUAUUAUCUCUCAUUUAUUUAUGAGAGAUAAUAAUAAUAAUAAUAAUAAUUUAUUAUUAUUAUUAUUAUUAAACAAGGAAAACUUUCAAGAGUGAAGUGAACUGUCACUGUACCCAUGCUGUCUGAAAUACACUUUACCUAUAUUUUUUGAUACUACUGUAUUAGGAAACCCUGUGUUAUACAUGACUCUACUGUAGUAUUAAUAUAACUAUGCAUUUAAAAAAAAUACCAACAUUUAUCUGUCACUUGUUUUGUGUACCAAAAACAAAAGAGAUGAUUAGGAGAGAAUUUCAGACAGUGACUCAUGUUUUACGAAUUUGCUGUGAAUAAUUAUAUGAAAUGCGUCAUUGGUUGUGUUCUACAUGGUCGAUUA